UUUACCAGCUGAUAAAUAAACGUCUUACUUUUUUGUCACUGGCAGUACUAAAAGUUCUUUAUUAGCUUCCGCCUAAUUCUUAGCGGAAUAUUUGAAUUUUUUUUAUUGUAAAACCAUUGACUAAUUCAUAAUAAAAGUGUAUUAAUAAUCUUCCGGUUCCAUUAUUUUUAUUAAUACUAUUGUUUGCGAUUUAUGAGUUCCUUAUGUCUAAGAGAAGCUUCAACAAGGACAUGUUAGAUGACAGAAAUGGCUCAACCGAUUUUGCAGAUUCUGUGUUGUCAGUGAAUACACUGCAACAGUUCGCAGUCACCAAAAAACGUUGUCUUUCAUUCCAUGGUGAGAAAAUUACGAAUGUAGUGGAGGGAACUACGUCGCACAUAGGCUUGGAAGAGGAAGCAGUUGAGACGCAAUCUUUGUGGAAACGUUUUUACAAAUUGGAAUGUGAACUGAAUGCUGCUUUGCGAAAUAUAGUGGUACCAAAUAAUAUUACUCAUGUAUACAACCCUCUCGAAUAUGCAUCAAAUUUGCAUUGCGCGUAUUUGCGAAAGUUCUUAAAUGGUCCCAAAAGUGUUGUUUUCGUGGGAAUGAAUCCCGGUCCAAAUGGAAUGGGUCAAACAGGGGUACCUUUUGGUAAUAUCACAACUGUCCGAAAUGAAAUGGCCUUAUCGGGAUCAGUUCAACAACCUGUAUCCGUUCAUGAGAAACGUCCCGUUUUCGGAUUGGAGUGCACUGUUGAAGAACCCAGUGGAGCACGGUUAUGGUCUUUAUUUAAGAAGUUAGCAGGGGGAUCAUUGAGUAUCUUUGCGGAAAAAUGUUUUGUACAUAAUUUUUGUCCUUUAAUAUGUUAUGACAAGGCUGGUCGGAAUAUCACACCUAAUGAAUUAAAGGGAGAUUACAAAUCAAUUGUUGGAAAGGUAUGCUUGGAUGUACUUGAUUUGGAGUUGGAUUUGAUGCAACCGGAGAUACUGGUGCCGAUCGGUGAGUACAUGAACGCCAUGGUCAAGCGUUCCCGGCAUGUAAACCGUUUAAAAAUUUAUAAACUGCAUCAUCCAAGUCCUCGAUCUUUGAACAACCAAAAUUGGCCAGAAAAGGCUGAGAAACUACUUGAAGACUAUGAUCUUGUCAAAUAUAUUCGCAAUGAAUUUUAGUACAUAUAAACCAUGUGUGUUAUUAGCGUUCUUUUUUGCCAUCUAGUCUGAGUAUACUUUUCAUUGACGGUAUUUUGACCGGUUUGAGACCGUUAUAUUUUUAGUUUGAAAAUAAUUUUUUUUACUUGUACUGAAAUGUGAAUGCCCCAUUUUUAAUAAAGAAUAAUAAUUAUUUCGUUUAAGUUAAAACCGAACUCUUGUUUAUGUUUUAUUAAACGUAGAGCAAAAGUAAAAAGCAUAAGAGAAUAAUAUUUGGGUUGUCUUAGAAGUGGCAUGUCCUUUUCUUUCACCUUUUAUUUAUCCUGAAUGAAAAAAAAAAAAUCUUCAACAAUUUUCACAGCUGUUCUUGACUACUGUGAACUAAAUUCUGUGUCAAACAAACAUUUUGACUGAGGAAUAAAAUUCUAAAAAGUUAGAUAUUUUAAUAUCUUAAUGGAGCUCUUCAUGAUCGAAGCAUUCGCAGAGGCUAAAAGGGUUCUGGCAGCUGGUGAAGUACCCGUAGGCUGUGUUUUUGUUUUGGACUAUGAUGAUAAACUCCAAGUUAUUGCGCGCGCUGGAAACGACGUAAAUGGCACUAAAAAUGCCACUAGACAUGCAGAAUUUCUUUGUAUAGAUCAGGUCAUGGUAUUCUUGACUGUAGAGCCCUGUAUUAUGUGUUCAGCUGCGCUGCAUGAAUUAGGUGUUAAGGAAGUGUUAUAUGGUUGCGCCAAUGAUCGGUUUGGUGGAAAAACUUUAGUUGAUGUAUCAUACGUUACAAACAAAACGCACGACAAACUCCAUGUGAAUGGAGGCAUUUAUGCUGAUGAAGCUAUGACCCUGUUGAAAGAUUUUUAUAAAGGUGAAAAUCCAUCUGCUCCAAUAACAAAAACUAAGAGAUGAAUUCUCUACGAUUGUAAGAAACCAAAUAAGCUUUUAAAAGAAGAAUAUUAAUCUAGGUAUAUGAACGCAGUUGAAAUAAAUUGUAGGUAUACCACAAUUCAAAUACGCACAAGGUAUAAUUACAUGCUUGACAUGUGUGUAUUUAAGAUAUAAUAUAAUUAUAUAAAUACUUAGCAAAACGAUAACCUAUUAGUUGCUAGUGCCCACUAUUAAGUUUAUUUCUAACAAUUUAAUUGUUAAAUGAACUGAGUUUAAUAAUACUAAUAAAUAUUUAUGAAUAUAUGUA